AGAUGGAACUCUUCUUUGAAAUAAAACCUAUUGGGUCUUCUCUCUUAGUCCUCCAAUAUAUAUCUUAAGCUUCUCUGUCAUUGUUCCAGACAAGUUUGGAGGGAUGGGUGCUACCACUUUUUUGUGUCUUGCAUUGUUUUCCUUCAGCCUUUUCCUCAGCUCAGGUUCAAGUGUUGCAGAGAAACCUCCUUCAGAAGCAAUCCAACAAAACCGGAUGCUCUUCCCAUCUUCAGUGUCCAUUACACAACUGGAUACGGUCCCCAUUGUCAACCCAACAACUCCAGGUACAACUCCAACUCCUAUUGUAAUUCCUACAUCCCCACCGGCACCGAUAACAGAUCCAACCACAACUCCGACAACCCCGACUACCACAACUCCAACAACCCCGACUACCACAACGCCGACGACCCCGACCACCACAACACCCACGACCCCGACCACCACAACUCCAGCAUCAUCAGGUGGUACUUGGUGCAUUGCAAGCCAAGCAGCUUCAGAAACAGCUUUACAGGUGGCUAUUGACUAUGCUUGUGGCUAUGGAGGAGCAGACUGUUCGGCAAUUCAACCAGGAUCAAGCUGUUACAACCCAAACACUCUGCGUGAUCACGCUUCAUAUGCCUUCAACGACUACUACCAUAAAAAUCCAGCACCUACCAGUUGUGUAUUUGGAGGAACGGCACAACUUACCUACACUGACCCGAGUAGUGGAAGCUGUCACUAUGCAUCAUCCACGACAACACCCAGCAUAAGCUCACCGGUCAUCCCGACCCCACCAACCCCAACAACAGUCCCAAUGACCCCACCCACACCGACCAUGAGUAUACCCGGUGGAUCAACAAUAUAUGGCUCAGAACCAACAGAGAGCCCUAACUCAGCCAGCUCAGUCUCCUAUUGUUCACUGAUGCUCUUCACCAUAACUGCCCUGGUAGGGGCCCGUGCUGCAUAUUAUCUUUAACUGAAGGAAACCAAGUUCAGUUACUCUCCAGAACGAGCUGGCGAUUCCCUCAGCAUGCCAGCAUAUACUCAUGAAUUCCAAGGAGGCACUUGGAAUUGACAUUGAGAUUUUAUGUUAUCUCAACGCCUCAUUCUCGCCAUUAAAUUAUUUCUACUUAGCUACAUAUGUAUCCCUGAUAGUGGACUAAGAAGCACAGGAGAAAACGCAGAAGAGCAAAGAAAUAUAUAGGUUCUUGUACUAGUAGACUCAUAGUCACUUUCUCUGCAGUGUUAGUAAAAUAAAUUAUUUAGACAA